GAAAUAUUGGGUCCAGAUCUCGUGUCGUUAGUUCCCAGACCACCCCUCACUCCCCCCUAUUCAUGCGCCCACCCAUCUGCUCGAAUCAUCCCUACUGAUCUCCCACACGUCGCGCCGCCUUCGCCUGCAUGAACUGCUGGGGAUGUGAAUGAUGCCUUCUAGACUUGGAUCCUUGCUUUGGCUUUGAUUCGGGCAGUGAGAUCCUUUCUGAUCGGAAUUAUUGAGAGGCAGAUCUUGAAAUAUGGCAUAGGUUAGGUGGUUCUUUUCUUGGUUCCUUGAUACCAAUAAAUCGCACGGGUCCAAACUGGAAACUAUCGACAUGAACAACCUAAUUCGGCACUGGGCAUAUAGCUAUAGCUACCCCGCAUAAUCACGAGAGACUUACGGAUCACCGAUCAACGAACUGGCCCAUUUCCCGGAAAUCCCUAUCUACACAUAAAAGAUUGAUGCAAUGGCGACGAAGAAGAUAAUCAUCGCGUUCGACCUGUACGGGACAUUGUUGUCCACCGAAUCAAUAGCCUAUGAGCUAGCCAAAGUUUACGGCGCAGAACAAGAGGCAACCUGGAAGUCUUUGGCUGCAUUAUGGCGCCGAUAUCAGUUGGAAUAUACGUGGCGGAUCAACAGCAUGGGCGAAUAUAAGCCUUUCAGCACGAUAACGCGGAACGCCCUAUACCACGCGGUAUCCGAGCAUGGACUUAGUCUCUCAUCAGAAGACGCAGACGCUCUCAUGCGGUCGUACGAUGCCUUGCACGUCUUCCCCGAAGUACCCCUAGCGCUGCGACUCUUGGAUGAUGAUAAGUAUGGCGAUAACAACAAUAAUAAGUCGGUGGAAGCCUACGUGUUCUCGAAUGGCACCGAUGAGAUGGUGGAGAAUUCAAUCAAGACGUCCCCGGAGCUCGGGCCGAGUGCAGGGAGGAUUUUCAAGGCGCUGAUUACGGUGCAUAGUCUGCAGUGCUUCAAGCCGGAUAAGAGAGCGUACGAGCAUCUGGUCAGGCAGGUUGGCAAGAAAGGGCAGGAGAGUGAUGUAUGGGUUGUGAGUGCUAAUCCGUUUGACGUUGUUGGUGCCAGAGCUGCUGGGUUAAAAGCAGCUUUUAUUGAUAGGACUGGCAAAGGUUGGAUAGACCGGCUAGAUGAGAAGCGUGCGCCUUCAGUCAUCACAUCCGGUGUUGAUGAAGCGAUCAAACGCAUCCUGAAAUAUUGAUAUUUUUUUAUUUUGGGGCAUUUACCUACACAUCAUAACUUAAAUAAUUCCUUAGAUCAUCAUGGCAAAUCAUCAUCGUCGUAAACGGCAUCAAGAAAUGUAACCUAGGGGUUACCGAGACGGUGCGACUGCGUCAAUACCUCUUAGGUUGGCAUACAAAAUUGCAGCAAGAAUUAGGUUAGAUAAUCCUAUGGAAGCUUUCGAAGAGCUUGAUGAUCUCGUCCGCAAACAUCUCCGCAUCGCCUGGAUACCAAGCACUUA